AUGGCCGACCAAGAAGAUGACGAUUGGGAGUACGAGUACGACGAGAACGAGACGGAAGACUUUUACAUUCCACUCGAUUUAUCUAAUGUUCCCGCCGCGCAAAUUCCCAUGGUCUCGCAAGGUAGACCGGGCCACCCGACUUUGCUAAAGAGCCGACUGCGUGCGCUGAAUGCGGCUCGAGCUCAACCAGCCGUUAUCGCUGCUGAUACCACCAACGGGCAAGAGACGGCUACUAUGGGCGAGGUACAGGUAGUAGGUCUGCAUACGCCUAACCCUCUGGUUAUGUACAACGGUCAGUUGCUAAGUUGCCAUUGGACUUCGACUAUUGGAACCGACAUGUUCUUCGUGAAGCCUGAUGCGAAUCAGUCCCAACCGCUGCGAUCCUUGCCUUCCGUAGAUUUGCUGUCUCUGGGCUCUGCAAAGUUGGUUGCAAAGGUUGGAAGGCUGCGCCCGCGCGAUGAUCUCUUCGACAGUACUGGUGAUGCGCAACAACCAACGGGGUCCAUGCCAGCUCAAGGCGACACUCAAACUUCUCCCGCACAGAAUUCCAACUUGGCCGGAGAACAACAUUCUAGUAGCGGAGAAGUUAAACCAGCUCUGCCCAGCUUCCUUGCGAGGUUGAACGAGGCAAAAGCGAAGAAAGGAGAAAAGGCGCGCUUGGUCAUCACAAAAAUAUCUGAAGGUUCCCGUUUGGUGGCCGAAAGGGUAGAUACUACAAACCGCACCUCGGCACAAUCACGUGGUGAUACUGUUAUGGGUGGCACUUGA